GUGGCGCUUGGCAUUUGGCAUGCGCAUAAUAAUAAUACCGAGGAGGAAAAGCAGCAGCGUUUCGGCGACGGCGUUACAUUGUAAACAUUAGGAACCCGGGCGACUUCGCUGCGUCGUUGGGAUGGAAAUAUAAGGUUAACCUCAAGGAGUGGAACCAAACAUAGUUCUUCAGUGCAUGGACGCAAAGCCAAUGCGCAGGGCCACCAGCGCACGCCAAGACGCCACUGGAAUGGACAUCACCAGCCGCUGUACUCUGGGGGACCCCAACAAGCUCCCUGAAGGGGUCCCCCAGCCUGCACGCAUGCCUUACGUCUCAGACAAACACCCGCGGCAGACCCUGGAGGUGAUCAACCUGUUGAGGAAACACCGUGAGCUGUGCGACGUGGUGCUGGUGGUGGGUGCCAAGAAGAUUUACGCUCACCGCGUGAUCCUCUCCGCCUGCAGCCCUUACUUCAGGGCGAUGUUCACUGGAGAGCUGGCGGAGAGCAGGCAGACUGAAGUGGUUAUCCGCGACAUCGACGAGAGAGCCAUGGAGCUGCUCAUUGACUUUGCCUACACAUCACAGGUGACCGUGGAGGAGGGAAACGUCCAGACGCUGCUCCCUGCCGCCUGCCUCCUCCAGCUGGCUGAGAUCCAGGAGGCCUGCUGCGAGUUCCUCAAGAGACAGCUGGAUCCCUCCAACUGUCUGGGCAUCAGGGCCUUCGCAGACACGCACUCCUGCCGCGAGCUGCUCCGCAUUGCGGACAAGUUCACCCAGCACAAUUUUCAGGAGGUAAUGGAAAGCGAAGAGUUCAUGCUGCUGCCGGCCAACCAGUUGAUUGACAUCAUUUCCAGCGAUGAGCUCAAUGUGCGGAGCGAGGAGCAGGUUUUCAACGCUGUGAUGGCCUGGGUGAAAUACAGCAUCCAGGAACGCAGACCACAGCUCCCCCAGGUCCUGCAGCAUGUCCGACUGCCGCUGCUAAGCCCCAAGUUCCUGGUGGGCACCGUUGGGUCAGACCCCCUGAUAAAGAGUGACGAGGAGUGCAGAGACCUGGUUGAUGAAGCUAAAAAUUACCUGCUGCUGCCACAGGAGAGGCCACUGAUGCAGGGCCCCAGAACCCGGCCGAGGAAACCCAUCCGCUGUGGAGAGGUACUCUUCGCAGUUGGUGGUUGGUGCAGCGGUGACGCCAUUUCCAGUGUUGAGCGCUACGACCCCCAGACCAACGAGUGGCGGAUGGUAGCGUCGAUGAGUAAACGGCGAUGUGGAGUCGGUGUCAGCGUUCUUGAUGACUUGCUUUAUGCAGUGGGAGGUCAUGACGGCUCGUCGUACCUCAACUCUGUGGAGAGAUAUGAUCCGAAGACCAAUCAGUGGAGCAGUGACGUAGCCCCCACCAGCACCUGUCGUACCAGUGUGGGAGUGGCUGUCCUCGGUGGUUAUCUGUACGCUGUAGGCGGACAGGAUGGAGUUUCCUGUCUCAACAUUGUAGAAAGGUAUGAUCCUAAGGAGAACAAAUGGACCCGUGUGGCCUCCAUGAGCACCAGGCGAUUGGGUGUAGCUGUGGCCGUACUGGGGGGGUUCUUGUACGCUGUAGGAGGGUCUGAUGGGACGUCACCGUUAAAUACAGUGGAACGUUACAACCCUCAAGAGAACCGCUGGCACACGGUGUCUCCGAUGGGAACCAGGAGGAAGCACCUCGGCUGUGCGGUCUACCAAGACAUGAUUUACUCUGUUGGAGGGAGAGACGACACCACAGAGCUGAGCAGCGCAGAACGAUACAACCCCAGAACCAACCAGUGGUCUCCUGUAGUCGCCAUGACAUCCAGACGAAGUGGGGUGGGCUUGGCUGUAGUGAAUGGUCAGCUGAUGGCCGUGGGAGGCUUUGAUGGGACGACGUAUCUCAAAACUAUAGAAGUCUACGAUCCUGAUGCCAACACAUGGAGGUUAUACGGAGGAAUGAACUACCGCCGACUAGGUGGAGGGGUGGGCGUCAUUAAAAUGACUCACUGUGAAUCCCACAUAUGGUAACACCAACCUCGCCCCCUCCCCAUGCCCUCCCCGCAUACACACACACACUCAAACACUUCUCAUCACGUUGCUAUGGAUGCCUCUUUUCACCGACUCUCGUGCCUCCAAAAGAGACGCUGUAAUUUAUGCAAGGAUGAGAAUUAAAAAAGAAAUAUGUGGGUGGAGACGAGAUGGAAAGAAGAACAAACUUUGAACUCUAGUUCAUCCCCCACCACACUAUGAGGUCAUUAACUUUGGAAUACCCUCGUUGUCUUCACUGAUUGACCGCGGUCACCAUGACGUGCACUGAAAGCAGAAGUCUACCAAGAACCAUUAAGCUUCCAGUUUGGAGAGGACAGUCCUUCUCCAGGUUUUCACCCUCCGAGCCUCCCAGUCUGGGACAUUUGAUUUUUUUUUCGUGUGCGUGAUGGCUGGAACUCAACUUGAGGGAGUUUAGCUUACAUUUCUAAGGUUUAAGAAGUUCAGAUGCAUCCACUCUGAUACACAGGAAAAAGAUGAAAGCCUCCAUCGUCCCCCCUUGUCCUAAAAACGCCAGCUCCCAAAUCCGGGCUGCAGACCUCCACCCUCAUCGAGUGGAUCAGAGAACCUUCUGUUCAAUGUGUGAGAUCGAUUGUUUCCUGAAGAUACAGCAUUGCAUGCUGACUGUCAGAGGUAAAUCUCUCAUUCUUUUUCUACUUUUGCUUUCGGCUUCGAAGCACACAUCUGACUGUGGCUGUUCUGUCUCUGGGCCUCCAUGUAGCAUUAAACAGUAGGAAUCUGUCAGGCUGUUCUUUUCUGAAGGCAUCUAUACGUUCAGGCUGGAUAUCCACAGAGAAAGAAAAACAGACUUUAUAAUAGGAAGCAUUAGAAGGCAGGAUGUGUGCGGGAAAGUCACUGCUACUCAACAUUUUCUCAACAAACUUACAGAUGAGUGAGUGAGUGAGUGUGUCUCUGCUGCUACACUUUACCAGUGGCUAAUUUGUCUGUGUUAACUUUUGUGUUUGUAGAUUUCAGUUCAGAUACAGACGGUUUCAUCGAGUUGUGUCGCUGGUUCAUCGUUGGCUCCAGUGCUGAAUCAUAAAGGUUUCAGUACGCUUCAAACUAGCUCCAGACUUCACGUUAUCACGCGUAGAAAUGACAGAUUAUACAAAACAAUAACUAAAUGGCGAAUAGGGAUGUUCCUCGUGGCUAAUUUCCAUUAAAGAUAAAUUAGAAAGCGUUCAGAAAACAGUCAAAAUCGAGCUGGAUUAACUCUGUGGACAACAAAACAUAGAUGACAUGACUUCGAUGAUGAUGUUAAGUUACAGAGGAUAAUGCACCACCUUUCACACAGCAAGCUAAAGUUGCGUUAGCAGCAGUAAAGUGGCUGCAUAAAGAUGCCACAGCGAAGUGCUGUUGUACCGACUGAUAUUUCUGGUGUCGACUAGUGAAUUGCAUGCAUUGCAUGCAAUCCCAGUGGCAACAUUCGAAGGUCUGCUGUCAUAGCUUCCACAUGGCUGCGUCACACUUAGUGUACCCUCUUUAGGUUGUACUUAAAGUUCUCCUUUCACACGUCCACACACCUGGUCAGCCAUCGACAUUGCUAGACGCAUACUGAGACCUGAACAGUGUCACAUACUGCGUUUACUACAUGGCCAGCUUGACCUCAAAACUCAGAAUGUUUCAGUUUUUUAUUGUUUUGGCAACAAAUCUCACAAAAAUGACCAAAACCAACAAUGAGUUAGUCUCACAGCAUAAAGCUUUGCUACCCUGUCUGUGGUACUGAUCCCCUGAAGCCUUUUAAGCACAAACAUGUUGUUACAUUUCUACGAAAGGCUCAGUGAUGACCUGAAACUUUUUUUUCAAAAUGUCAAUCAAACAGAAGGAAACUGCUUUUGUUUGGGACUAUUUUGAGUUGCGGAUUAAUCCACAUUUGGUGUUCUAGUGAGUGAUUAUGUAGGACUGAGUCCAAAAAAAUGAGUGCGUGUGUGUUCAUGUUGCAUCAGUGAUUACUAGUUUUUGGACAUGAGGCUCUGAAUACACACAACACUUGUUAAUAGAUACAUUGAUAGUUAGUUGACAAUAGGAAAAUAUAAAAUAUAAUAAUUUUAAAGUGAUCCUAAAUACUGUGUGUUGUUCUGGAGAUUGAAAAUUAAAAUCUACAAACACAUUACUUUAAAACACUAGAUUACUUCCCCCUUUCCACAAGAAUUCUAAUGUUGUGUUUGUAGCGUCGGCUGUAAACUCCCUUACACUUGUUUUGGUGAUGAACACUGGAGCCAGUGAUCUGCCGCGGACACAUCUCCUAACAUUACUCCUCAUAUUAACCUCCUUUUAUCAAAAUGAAGCAAGAAUCUGAUUUUUUCUUUAUGCAACUGUAUGUAUGUAUGUAUGUAUGUAUGCAAGAAAGUUAUUAGUGUAACAUUGAAAUUUUGAUGGACUUUUUAAUGUCAGAACUGAAGUGAUUUUUCACCACAGCACCGAGGCCCUGAGUCCAGUUGAGAAAUGUGAACACGUUAAACAUUUAUUAACCCGCUGGAGAGGACAGAAUUCUUUAACUGUGGAUUGUAAAAUCAGAGCAGAGUUCAUAUAAUCCCUGAUAUCAAAAACCAGGCAGCAAACUCCUCUAAACGUUUUUUUUGUUACGUUUUACACUUAGAGCGUCAAAGUCUGACAGAUAGACGUGAUAGACAGAUGCAGUAAAGCAUAUUUAUCCCAGUUUGUUGUUAACAGAAUGGACCACAUUAAUAUAAGAACUGUGUAUGAGUUGAUAAAGUAACAGUUCCCUCUGUAGUAGUCGGUGAUAUUUCAAAUAUUUCUGUCACACAAUCAUGAGAAACAUGGAUCCUUUUUGUUUUGUAGUCACAGUUCCCACAUUGUUGUUUUUGUACAUUGAUGUGUGCUGCUCAUUGUGACGGCUCCACCUGCUGGUGGACAGUCAUAGUGCAGCACUAAUCCAGAUAAUAAAAAGACAGUUUUCUAAGUGGUCCCUGGUCGUAGAGCUGAUGUCAUCUCAGUGUGAAACAGAAGUGGAGACGGACACAGUUUGAACAGAAGGUGAAAUUGGUUGGGAUGAAUCUUCUCGGAAUAUUUUGCACUGUGAUUAUCUCUUUAUUUUUUAUUUUUAUCAUAUUUUAUAUGGGUGUUCAACUUUCCAGAUAUGGGGGGGGAAAUGGUCAAAUCAUACGUCAACUUGGGAAUCAGACAUUUCAGGCACUUUUCACACUGACGAUGACAGAUUUAUUUCAUAGCUGCAACACUACAACUUAAACUUGCUUUGUGGUCACACAGUCCAUCGCGGUUCUGCACUUUACAUUGUGUGUGUGUGUGUGCGCGUGUGGAACAAAUGCAUCACUGUAAUGACAGGCAAGUGACUGCACACACACACACACACACACACACACACACACACACACAGAGCGGUUAUUAUGCAUAAUUUGAACCAGAUUUCCAUCACCCAAAUAUCGGUGUUAAUGUUUAAUAAUAGGGCAAUUCUAGAUUUUUGUUGGGUUUAUUUUUCUAUGCUAGAGAGUUCAAGCGGCAGGAUCACAGCUUGGUCACGUACAUGUGCAAAAUGUCCUGUCCUGUAAACAAAUGUUUAUAUUUGGGAUGUUUUUGCAGUCACGCAAUCUUAAAAUUGGAGCAAGGCUCCGUGACACAUCUUCUAUACCCCAGUGUGGCAAAUGUAGUUUUCAUCGAAUAGAAAUCUUAUCCCUGUUUGACGAUGCAGUGUGGCCGGCUGUGCAUGCCUGCUUCUUGAAAACUCUCCCAUGAAUAUGUUGCUACGUUUCACUGCCACACAAUUACAAGGAAAUCCCACUCAGUUUAGUCUAAACGUGGUAUUACUUUGGUUCGAGCCCUGUCACUGUAAAAUAGCUUUUCUCAAAAGUCAAAGCAGCUCCGUGACGGUGCUUUUUUUUUUUUUUUAGAAAAUCCUUUGCGUUUCUGCAGUUUAUUUAGCUAUUUUCAACCCACAAAGGCACAGGGAAUCUGGUGAUAGAAAUAUUGAUUGGAUUGUUCAAACCAGUAAUACUAUGUUUGGUUUCCCAACCUGAGUGGAGUUCUCCUCUUAAUAAUUUAAGCUACUAAUGAUGCAUUGUGAUAGUGAUGAACAGAAGUAAAGUUCAGUCAGUAGCCGAUGUUCAAAAAUCUCUUGUUUUGAGCAGCCUCUGUGCAGCAUGUCCAACAUGACCUCUGGUGUUUGUUUUCAUAUAUAAAAGAGCCGACUCUCAGCUCUGGACUCACCAUGUUCACUAUGACAAGGAUUAAACUUUUUCCCUGGAAAAAUAAAA